AGCAAAUUUAAUCUUGUUUCAGAUACUAAAUAUCAGGCAACAGUGAUUAGAACUCACCCGAUGAUUGUGAUGGGUUGUCCUGGAUAUCAGAAGACUUUUGAUGAUUGUGAUGGAUAUCAAAAGACUUGUGAUGAUUGUCUGAAGGCUAGUGACAUUGAUAGAUGUAAGAAAGAUAAAGUUAAGGAGGCAAUUUUGACUUGUAAUCAGUUAAAAGCUGAACAAAGAACAGUGACCAAUACACCAAGAAAGUUAAGUGAUGAAACAACAUCCAGUGUUAUCAAAGAUAAGGAGAAGAAUAAUUUGUGUCUAGAAAGUGGUUCAGAUGAAUAUGUCAGCAUGGGACCAAGUGAGGAAAAACCAGUUUGGAGUGAGAAGUAUGAUGAUGGCAAACCACAGCCACAGUCUUUUCAAAGCAAAGAACAACAUAUCAAUGUAGUAAGCAACGUGAAUGGUAAGUUCUUUGAUUUUGUAACUCAUGUGCUCACAGAUGAUCUUUUCUGA